GCGCACUUACCUGCGAAAACAGAACAAAAAGCACAAAACCAUCAUUACAAACGGAGACAGAGAAGGUCAGAUGGUGGCGCGUUGUCGGAGAUGGUAAUGGACGAGGGCUUCUUUGGCGAAUUCACUUUCGCUCCAUCAAAUCAGACCGUCCAUGCUAAUCCAUCACUAACCAACGGCCGAGAUUCAUCAUCUGCCAACGCCGACGAUGAUGAUUGGGGAGAUUUUAUCAUCAACUCCGGUGGACUCCCCCAUACCCUAUCACUCCCGAGAAUCUCAUCUUCUACAAAUCAUCAUCAUCAAAAAAAGGAUCCAUCAGAACCGAAUUCGGCUCCGGGUCGAGUAAAUUCAGGUUUGGUUGAGUGGGAGAAGCCAAAAGGAGCUUUGCCUCUUUCAAUUUUUGGUCUAGAGGAAGAAGAAGUAGAGGAAGAAGAAUCAGGUUCGAGUGCAACGUUGUUUAGCGAUUCUAACGUUAAAAAAGGAUCGGGUUCAAAUGUGAAUGCGAAUGUCAGUGGAUCAAUUGCUAAUGUUUAUAAUAAUACUAAUAAUAAAGAGGGGGAUCUUUCUAUACCUGAUUUAUCAAACGGAGUUAGAACGAAUUCACAAGUAACGGAUUCGAAUGGUAAAAAUGAGGUGAAAUUGAAUUUCGAUUGGGAUCCAUUGAAUUUUAAUUCAAAUGGAUUGAAUUCUAUUACAAAAGAGGGAGAUUUGAUUGCAAAUGGAGCUAAAUUAGGUUUAUUUGAUAGCAAUGAUGAUGAUGAUGGAUGGGAGUUUAAGGACGCAGAGCCUAAAGCACCCGUAGUUGAGGACAUUGCUGAGUAUGCUAAGAGUGUGGUUUAUAUCAACGCUACUUAUCUACGGGUUUCUAAGAAGAACCAGAUCGAGAAUGAGAAUGGACCACCAUCUAAGUCUAAUGGAUUUAACACGAAUUGGAAUACUCCAAACUUGGAUUUUAGUGGGUGGAGCUACAAUGUUAAUGGUGUUGUUUCAAGAACAAAUUCAUUGUUGAAGGGUCCUGUUGAUGCAAAUAGAGAAUCUCCUGAUGAUGAUGAUGAUGAUGAUAACGGGUGGGAAUUCAAGGCUGCAGAUUCAAAACAUCAGGUUGGAGAUGGAAAGAAAUUUCAGGUUGGCCAGGUCAAUACUGAACAUUUGCCUGUCUUAAAUUUUGAUGGGUCUACUUCGAGCUGGGAUGUCUUCUUUUCAGGUUCAAGUGCAGUGAACUCAGAUGAGAAACAUUUUAAUGGGAACUUAAUCAAUGAAAAAAAGGAUUCUGGUAGUGCUGAUGAAUGGGCCUUCAAGGGCGUAGAACCAGAGUUACAGGUCAGAGAUGGGAAUUCCGAGAUCAACAGUGAAAAUUGGUCGACAAAUUGGACAAAUCCUAGCUGGAAUGCAUCGAGUUUGGGUGGAAAUGUGCACCCAAAUUUAAAUGCGUUGAAUUUGGAUAUGAAGCAAGUAAAUUUGAAUUUAUUUGAUGAAAAUGUGGAUCUUGGGGGCAAUGAUGGAUGGGAAUUCAGGAUUGCAGAUACAGUACUGAGGACUGGGGAUGGGAACAUUAAGGAUGAUGGGAGAAUGCCAGAAAAUUUUGGUGGAGCCAUUAACACAUUCGGUUUUGGCAGCAGUGUUCAAGUUUCUGGUGGUCUGUAUAGUGCUCCAGAAGUUGAUGCGAACAUUGGUUCUGAUGAAGAUUCCUGGGCUUUCAAGGAUGCAUUUUCAGAAAUCACAUCAAAAGAUAAGGAAGAGCCCCGGGUUCCUGAAGAUUCUUCUGCUGUGAAAGUCUCAGUAUAUGAUAGUGAAGUUCAGGGGAACAAGGUAAGAGCAGGUAAUCACAAGGGAGCCUUGCCCCUUUCCAUUUUCGGUGAUGAAGAAAAGGAAACAGAUGAUUCUGUGAUUUAUCAAGACAUUUCAACCCAGAUGCCCACCUCUAACUCAAGAGACAGUAUAAAGAGUCCUCGUGUAGAUAUGUCUAUUGAUGAUCUAAUAUCAAGUUUAUACAUUCAAACUGAGCAGAAUGAUUCAGUUAAUUGUGCACAAAAUUUGAGUGAAACUGGGUUGGAUUCCACCAAAACUGCAUCCAUCUCUGAUUUAACAAAUGCUAAUUAUGAUCUUGAUGAUGAUUCCUGGGAGUUUCAAGAUGCCGUUACAGGAGCUGAAGCUGAAGAUCAGACCUCUGUUCUUGGUAUUGGAGAGUCUCAAACAAAAUAUUCUGCCAAAGGAAAGUUAAAUGAUUGUGUGCAGUUUUUUUCAACUUUGAAGGAAGAACUGCAGCGUGCGACACUUUGCCUUUUUGAAAAUCUUAAGAAAGCUCGAAGUGCUGCUGCUGUUGCUGGUGAAGAUGCUAACAUACAAGCUCUGGAUAAAGAAAUACAGGAUAUUGAUAAUGAUCUGCACCAACAGAGCAUUUUCUCCAGUAAAGUCCACUCAGACAAUUAUUCACCAGGAGAUGUAUGCCUCAAUGUCUUUAUUGACGUUGUGCAAGAGCCAAAGUUCCAAGGUUUUGAGUCAGAAUAUGAGUUAACAAAGAAACUUUCACUAGCAGAGAAUGAUCUGAGAUCAGCAGUUGAACUCCUCAAAUUUGUGAACUUAACAUUACAAAUUUUAACAUUAGUAUCAGAGGAGGUGCAAAUGAAUUAUGUUUCUACAUGGUUUAAGAUGCUGUCUGUUUGUGCUCAAGAGCUGAGGCAUGGUGCCUUCAUUUGGAAGAAAUCUUUGGAAGAGAAUGUACACGACCAGCUAUUAUCCAAAUCUCAAGGAAAGAAGUAUUUCCUUGCCCUUGGUGAAAUAUACAGAGUUGUUGAAGUUCUUGGAUCCUCCAUCAAACUUUACAAGCCAUGGAUAUUAGCAAGCUCAACAGAUCCCAUGAACAUGUUUACUCUUCUAAGCGAGUGCUCUUCCCUAUGGUCAAUUUCAGGACUUGAAGAAGCUCUACAAAGCAUUUUAAAUUUAGUUGAUUUUGAAGAUUUUGGAAAUCUUAAGACAUUACUAGAAUCUAUCAAGUUUAUACAUGACCUUGAUGCGCACACGCUUUACAAUCAUGUUUUCUCAGGCCAUGGCCCUGCUUGUCAACUGUCAGCUUUAACUGCAGGAACAGUGCCAGGGAUGAAAACAGUAGUCUGGAAUGGAGAUCAUUGCUUCCUCACGCUAGCUAAUUUAUGGGGAAAUUUAGUUAGCAGUGAUUCCCCAAACUUGCCAUGCAUACAUGAUGGCUAAUGAGAAUGUCAGGGUAAGCUGGAGAAGGUCUUCUAGGAGCUAUUUGUUGGAGAUCACCAUCUCAUCACAUUAAAUCAUUUGUGACAAGCCUUGUGGGGCAUAAACAAUUUCUAUGAGCUCCUGGGCAUGAAUCACAAGCUGCACCAGCACAAAGAGGGCACUCGGGGAAUUAAAAUUACAGUCGAAACUGAAGAUGUAAAUGACUGCACUGGAGCUUGGAGCGACACAGCAAGGGUUCCAGGUUAAACAUUAUAUUUAUUAAUUUACUGGUUGCAUUUCAUAACAUGGAAUCUGUGGCGUAUCAAUUGGAUAUGUUGUGAAACGGGGAAAUCAAACACCCAUAAUAGGUAGUAGGAGUAGGAUUGUGACAUGCAUGUGGGUUGCUUUUGCUCAUCUCUCCGUCCACCUUUGAUUCUUUCCUUCUCAUUUGCAGCAUACGCUGUAAGAAAAAGUGAGAAAGUAUUCAUAGUAGAAUAAGUUGCAUCCGAUUUAUUGUAGAGAAAUGGAUAAUUGUAAUAAUCAGUUUUCAAAUGGAAGCACUUCGAGGAAUCAAUAGGUGUCUCUGGUCAUCAUGCAUAAAUUUGUGGAGCACCAAAUGCUUUUGAUAUAUUUUGUAGAUUGUGCUUGGCUUCGAAUACGACAUUGAGUUUCACACAUUUUUCUAACAAGGAUUCUUUCUUUUCA